GUCACAGUUCGUGCGCAUGCGUAGUAAACGUAAACGAGAUCUUGCAAGCGGCUUGUACUGGGUGUGAGGCGGUUUAUCUAGACUAAAGUGAAUACAUACACAUACGUUUUAGGAUGGCUUCUAGAUAUGAUAGGGCUAUCACGGUUUUUUCGCCGGAUGGCCAUCUUUUCCAGGUGGAAUAUGCACAGGAAGCCGUGAAGAAGGGCUCCACCGCGGUGGGAAUUAGAGGGAAAGAUAUUGUUGUUCUCGGAGUUGAGAAGAAAUCUGUUGCAAAGCUGCAAGAGGAGAGAACAGUCCGGAAGAUCUGUGCACUGGAUGAACACGUUUGCAUGGCAUUUGCUGGAUUGACAGCGGAUGCUCGCAUUGUGAUAAACCGGGCAAGAGUGGAGUGCCAGAGUCACAGGCUGACAGUGGAGGAUCCUGUUACAGUGGAGUACAUUACACGUUACAUUGCUACUCUCAAACAGCGCUACACGCAGAGCAAUGGCCGGAGACCAUUUGGAAUUUCGGCCUUGAUCGUGGGUUUUGACUACGACGGAACACCACGGCUGUACCAGACCGACCCUUCUGGAACAUACCAUGCAUGGAAGGCAAAUGCAAUCGGCCGCAGUGCCAAGACCGUUAGGGAGUUUCUGGAGAAAAACUAUACCGAAGAAGCCAUUGGGACUGACAACGACGCCAUAAAGCUUGCGAUCAAAGCUUUGCUUGAGGUUGUACAGUCUGGUGGGAAAAACAUUGAAUUGGCAGUGAUCAGGAGGAAUCAGCCUUUGAAGAUUUUGGAGUCUAAAGAAAUAGAAACUCUGGUGGCUGAGAUAGAGAAGGAGAAGGAGGAAGAGGCUGAGAAAAAGAAGCAGAAGAAAGCCACAUAAACUGCCCAUGGUCAUCACGAGUGACUGAGCACUUGGUGUGAGCUCUACAUGACACUCAGCAUUUACAGUGUUUGGAUUUCCACUGAUAAGCUGUACAUUGACUUUGGAAGGCUGCAUGCUUUUCCGUUACGCUGCAGAUGCACUGGAGAAUUUCCAUGUACUGCAGAGAUUUCCGUUUACAUGUCACACUUCUUAAUAAAGUCUCUAUUUGUAA